AUGGAAUCCAAUAACAGUUGGAGCACACUUUUCGUAGCUAUCAAGUUUGUGGUCUGCUUCUUUGGGAUUUUUUUAAAUGGCUCAGUAAUUUUCACAAUUUGCAAGAACCUACGCCGUUCAUCACCACCAUGCUACCUAAUUCUCAGCAUUGCGGUGAGUGACUUCAUUUCUUGCUCAGUGGCCAUUCCGAUUUCGAUUGCAUUUCACUUUCAGAACCAAUGGCCGUUUGGAAUGGAUGGAUGUAAAGCUCAUGCUUUCAUGAUUUUCCUUCUGGCACUCGUCUCCAUCACUCACUUGGCUGUUAUUUCGGUGGGGAAGUUCCUUACCAUCACAAGAUCCCUUUCCAGAGAUUCAUACUUCAACAAGAGUACGGUCUUAUGGAUAGUCCUAGGUUCUUGGACGUAUUCUUUAGUAUUCAGCGUGCCACCGUUAUUGGGAUGGUCAAGAUUUGGUCUAGAAGGAACCAAUGAAUCAUGUUCGAUCAUCUGGGAAUCGAAAGUUCUUAGUGACAAAGUAUAUUUUGGGGUUAUAUUCUUUGCCUGCUACUUAUUACCUAUCACGCUUAUUGUAUUUUGCUAUUACAAAAUCCAUAAAGUUUCUAGUCAUAUCGUCGACACUACUCUCCGAAUAAAUAGGGUGGCUAUGACUAUGUCUGAGGCUCUGCUGAAAAGGCAUCGUAAAUCGGCCAUGUACUUUUUAACUAUUAUAGCAGUUUUCCUCCUCUCGUGGUCUCCUUAUGCCAUCGUAUCCUUCAUGACAAUUUUUUGGGGAAGCGUCAAUCCUGUUGCUACCAGUGCGUGUAGUGUUUUUGCAAAGACAUCUUUCCUACUCAACCCAAUGCUGUAUGCCAUUGUGUCUCGGAAAUUUCGACGCCGAAUGAUUCAGGCGAUUCCUAUAUCCAGACCAAAUCGGGUGGUUGUUCCUGCAGAUGCUUUCCACCUAACGUCUGAAGCACUGGCACUCUAA